AUGUUGUUAUUAUUGUAUUUUUUACUAGUUACUGGCGCUCAUGCGAAACUCAUGAUUAAUUAUGACUCGUUUACGGGAACCCCAAUAAGCCUCGAGGAGGUAAAAAGACGAGACGAAAGGAACAUAACGUUUUGGUGCACCAAUCAAAUUGAGCCAUGCGAUCCAGAAGAGGGAAAACGAGUCGAUGGGUCAUGUAACAACUUGCGAUUUCCCUCACGAGGUGCACCUCACACGCCUACUUACAGAUUGUUACCCGCUGUCUACGAUAAAAGUAAGUUAUAA